AUAAAUAUAUAUUAUUAUUAAAAUAAUAAAUAUUUUAUUUUUCUACAUAAAUUUUAUAAUAAACAUUUAAUUUAAAUAUUACUAAUUGAUUUAUUUAUAUGUUGCCUGUUUCUAUUUUGCCAUCUUUGUAUAGUUAACAUGAUUGUCGUUUCAGUUGGUGGAUUAUUGUAAAUCAGUGAAUUGUUUGGAUGAGAAAGAAAAUGAUUUUAGGCCUGAAUUGUAUUCAGCAGUGGAUUUACUCUCUGAUUAUUCUUUUAAAGAUUGACUGUUUAAUCUUGAUUGUUGAUCCAAAUAUGAAAGGACUGUCUGUAAUACUGAAAUGUGAAUUAUCCCUCUACAGUUAUUGAUGUUUAUGAUCUAGGAGUAAAAACAUCAAAUAUUGGUGAUUUUAUACAGGUGUUCCAUGAAUCUCAUUGACAUGAUUGAUUUAAUUAUGAUUUAAUUUAAUAAUUAUUUUAAUCAAUUUAAUUUUAAUAAAUUUUAAUUUAAUUCUCAUUUCAAUUUAAAUCAAUUUGAUUGUGAUUUCAAAUUGGCAGCAUCUUUUUUUAAUAGUACAAUCAAUGGGCACUAUGCACGUAAAAACACAAAAUUUUCCCAAUAAACUAAAAGUAAAAAAACAAAUAAAAAGAAUGAGGAAAAAGAGUUGCUAUCUCACCCGACUUGCAUUAUCUUGCAUUAUUUUUACCAAUGACUUGUUUUUAGUACCUAUUUGUUCUUUAUCUAUUUGUACAUGCAAGAUAAUUUUUUCCCCUACAUGCUUUAGUUAUCAUAUUUGUUGUUAUUCAUUGUUAUUUUUAAUUGUUAAAGGAUAUGGCUCCUGAUAAGAGUUGGAUGAGAAUUGAGAAUAGAAAGGACCCUAGAUAUAUUCAUGGAGUUGAAGGUUUUCUGACAUAUGCAUUUACGCAUGAAUCAAUAGAAGAUGCGAUUCCAUGUCCUUGCUUAAAAUGUAGAAAUGUCAAUUACAAGCAGAAAUUUGAAGUUAGGUACCAUUUGUUAAAGCAUGGAAUUCUCAAAUCUUAUACCAUUUGGUAUUUCCAUGGAGAGUCUCUAAAUGAAGAUGUUGACAUCAAUGAUGAUCCAAUUGUUAAUGAUGAUCAAGACUUCGAUGAUGAUAUGAUUGGAUUAGUGAAUGACAUAUAUGGCGAUUCUAAUGUCAACAUUAGAACGGAUUCUAAUGAAGCAUCGGUUGGAGAGAAACCUAAAGGGGAUGCUGCCAUGUUUUACCAUAUAUUAAGGGAAGCUAAGGAAAAGUUACAUCCAGAAUGUGAGCUCUCAAAAUUGGCUGCUAUAGUGAAGUUACUUCACAUGAAGAGUUUUCAUCGAUGGACCAACAGAUCAUUUGAUGAUUUGCUUGGUUUAUUAAGGGAGCUUAUUCCAAAUGGAAAGCAAAAUUUGCCAGAAUCAUACAGUAGUGCUCGAAAGUACAUUAGUGGUCUAGGCCUUCACUAUGAGAAGUACGAUGUUUGUCAGAAUCAUUAUACAUUAUAUUGGGGAUCAUUUGCCAAUGCAACAUCAUGUCAAAUAUGUGGAUUAUCUAGGUGGAAGUCUGAUGAAGGGAAAAGCAAGAGGAAAAAAACUCCAUAUAAAGUGCUACGAUACUUCCCUUUAAAACCAAGGUUGCAUAAGUUGUUUAUGUCUAGUCAGGUAGCAUCUGAUAUGCGACGGCAUUAGGAAAAAAGGAUAGAUGAUGGAAUUAUGAGGCACCCUGAUGAUAGCCUUUCAUGGAAGUCUUUUGAUGAAUAACAUGGUUCAUUUACAAGUGAUGCUCGUAAUGUUAGACCCGGAUUGGCAACUGAUGGUUUCUAGCCUUUUGAAAAUAUGAGCUCCCAACAUAGCAUUUGGCCUGUAAUUCUUAUACCCUAUAACUUGCCCCCUUGGAUUUGUAUGAAGCAGACCAAUUUGAUGAUGUCAAUGAUUAUUCCAGGUGAGCAUAGUCCAGGAAUGGGUAUAGAUAUUUUUUUGCAACCUUUAAUUACUCAAUUAAAAGAGUUGUGGGAGGUUGGUGUGGAUGUUGGCUAAUCUGAAGACUCUAGAUGGUUAUUUGUCAAUGUUUGUGUCCCAAUGGCACAAUAUGUGCUUUCUAAUCAUGAAAAGGAAGUCUUAUGCAAGAUGUUGGCUAAUCUGAAGACUCUAGAUGGUUAUUUAUCAAAAAUAUCUAGGUGUGUUAAUGUGAAGGAACAUAAGAUUUCUGGAAUGAAAAGUCAUAAUUGCCAUGUAUUCAUACAAUGACUUCUUCCUCUUGCAAUUCGAGGUUUCCUUCCUAAAAAUAUUGUUGAGCCACUUAUUCAGUUAAGUGCCUUCUUUCAAGAUAUAUGCAGUAAGAGUUUAGAUAGUUCUCAAUUGGAUGACAUCGAGAAGCAAAUUGUCUUGACAUUAUGCAAAUUAGAGAUGAUUUUUCCUCCAUCUUUUUUUGACAUUAUAGUGCAUUUAGUUAUACACUUACUAGGUGAGGCCAAGAUUGCUGGACCUAUUCAAUACAGAUGGAUGUACCCAAUUGAGAGAUAUUUGCAUAAAUUAAAAUUAUAUGUUUGAAAUAAGGCAAAGCCAGAAGGAUCAAUUGCUGAAGCUUACAUUGCUGAUGAGUGUUUAACUUUUUUGUUCAAGAUAUUUGGUAGGAAUUGACACCAUCUUUAAUCAGCUCCCACGAAAUGAUGAUGGCUUGAUCAAAUUGGUUGCAAUGAUGGGUUGGGAAUUUUUAGAAGAUCUGGGCGACCAUUAGGAAGAGGUGAUGGCAAGUGUAAGUCAAUGUAAGAAGAAUGAUAGGAAGAUGCCGCCUGGGUUGAAAAGUUGCAUAUCUUCUGCACAUGGUGAUUCGUCUGAAGAAACACUUUCACCCUCCCAAUCAGAAAAUUUGUUUGACUUUGUUACACGUGAAGGUAAAAAAAGACAACUUUUUAGAGCCAACUGUAAUCAUGCACCACCUGCCAUUACCGAUGCUUCAUCACUAUCUUCUCUUCCUCUAUCAAUUAUCGGUAUAAUUUUGUAUUUUACUUAUAAAUAAGUGUCAAAUUUUUGUUUUAGAAAUUUGGAAUUAUGAUAGUUAUAUAACUAAAUUCUUUUCUUAUGAUAUGAUGUAAAGGAAAGCAGGAAAUCUUUAAGAACUAACGAAAAUGAUCCAGUUUGUGUUAGUAAUGCUUCUUCAUUAUCUUCACCUGCUUCAAAUGUUGUCGGUAUAAUUCUAUACAUUUUAACUAAAUUUCAAUAAAAGUUUUAUUUUAAUAAUUUUGAAGCGUAAUAGGUAUGCAUAUGAAUGCUUUUAUUAUUUUAUAAUUUUAAAGGAAUGAAUACAAUCUUUGAGGGCUCACAUUGAUAAUGAGUCAUUUGGUGCUAUUAAUGAACGCUUACAAUCUUUGUUUCCUCCAACUUCUGCUAUUGGAGUCAAUAAUCAGUUUGAUAGAAAUCCUUGUGGUAAUUUUCACACACUUUUAUAAGCUAAGAGAUUGAUAAAAGUAUUAGAAGUUAACCAAAUCUUACUAAUUUAUUGGAUUAAUCUUUUUGCUCAUACACAUUUGAUGAGUUGUGUAUAUUGGAUGAUUUUUAUUUUUUUUUUGUUCUUCCAUUAAGACGUUUGGCUAGUGGUAGGGGAUUGUACAAAGGCAUUGAUCUUGAUAAGUUGACAAAUGGAAAGAAGGACAAGUUGAUUAUCUUCAUACCCCCAGGAAAAUAUUUUCGACCAAUUAGUGAACAUGAAAGAAAGUUGGCAUCAUGGUUAGGAUAUUGUGCAAGAUCUUGUGGUCCACCUAAGGAGCCUUGGAAUGCUAUUGAAGCUCGAUAUCAUACUCGUUUAUAGAGUAUGAUUCAGGUUAACUUCAUAUGCUUUUUUAGAGUUUCUUGUUUGAAAAAAUUCUUUUUAUCCUUUAAAUCAUAUCACUUUAUAUUUUUUUAUAUUCUAUGUUAAAUUGCCAAAUAAGAUGAAUACAUGAUAUUGCAUAAUUAAGAAUCAAUUUUUAAAUUUUAUAGGAUUACUUUAAUGUAAGUCCUAAAAGUCCAGAAAAAUGGAAGAAGCUUGAGGAAAUGCAAAAGGUGAAGCCUGACACGGCUGGAAAAAAAAAAAAAAAAAAAAAAAAGAAAAA